AUGGAGUGUCUGAAGAAAUUGGUAUAUUUUGUUAUGCUGCUGGUCACUUGUGACGGCAGUUCUGUGGAAUUAAAUGAGACUUCGGUGGAGAGUUUCCCACCGUUGUACGCUUUGGAUGACUGGAAGCUAUGUCAGAGCCCUGGAGAUGUGUAUUGUAUUGUGGAUGCUGUACUCGUCUCCACGAACUCUUCACCACUGCUGAAAGAGAUACAGGAAUAUUCAUCGAAAACACUCAAACACUUCAACAGAACUGUUGUUCAUCGUGGUGUGUGUGUGACGAGAUGCGGGGAACAGGGUUCUGAUAUGUGGAAUGAAGCUGCUGAAGGAUGUAUUAAUACCAGCUUGGAGGAGUAUGGACUUGAAGCGGAUGUCCAAGAAGUGAGCUGGUGUCAGAACAACCAGCCGACACCGAUGAGUAUGUCGGCCCGAGUGUUCGUCAUAGUAUGCGCGACGUUGUUUGCUAUGACAUUAAUAGCAACGGGACUACACGCUCUGGAAGAUAGAUUUGGGAAAUUCUUUGUUCCCGUUGCCAAUGAUGGUUUUUCAAUAUUUUUCCUACAGUUAUAUGAACAUGUGAGUACCAAGACAGCCUUCAACACACCACUAUGGAUCCAAGCUUUCAUAUCGAUAUCCGGAUUCCUCUCCGCGUACUAUCUCCUCAUUUACACCGAGAAACAUUCCUUCACUUGGAAAAAAUGUAUAAUAUCUGUUUUACAUAGAUAUAUCAGAUUAACUCCCGUGUCGAUGUUCACGCUAUGGUUCACGAUAUCCUGGUUACCUCGCCUGGGUUCAGGUCCUCAGUGGUCAUGGCUGGUGGAGCAGGAAGCUCAGUACUGUACCGAACGUGGAUGGUAUCAUGCGUUAUACAUUCACAAUUACCUCACUCUUGGAAAGUUAUGCAUGGGACAUACGUGGUAUUUGGCGGUGGACAUGCAGCUUCAUGUAAUCGGCUCAUUUCUUCUUAUGAUUCUUAUUAAAUGGAGGAAGGCCGUCAUUCCUGUACUGGCUACGAUAGUGAUUGCAUCAAUGGCUGUUACAGGACUGCUUGUCUACUUCUUGAAUCUAACUCCAAUUAUAAGCGCACAAUCUCCUGAGACUGUUCGCAAUAUGUUUAAAGGUUCAGCGAUAAUGAGUACGAUAUAUUUGCCUGUGUGGGUGCAUUUCGCCGGCUACGCUUUAGGCAUCGCUACUGCCUACAUACAUUACCAUGACCAAAUUAAUGGAUACAAGCUGAGGGAUAGUAAGUGUUUUUCAGUCAUUUUUCACACAUCUCUGUUGCUGGCUGGAGCGGUCACCGUCGCUGGUGUGCCAUUCCUCUCAGAUCCUCCUCCUCCAAGCUGGGUGACUGCUCUGUAUGCCGCCUUCGAUAAAAUACUGGUGGCACUGUUCUUUAAUGUGUUUUUAUUGGGGUGCCUGAGUCGUUGUAAAUCUGUUUUCCGCGACCUGUUGUCGUGGCGAGGCUGGUACUCUCCCGGCAGGUUGUCAUACUCCGUGUUCAUCAUACACUUCGUCAUCAUGAGGUUCACUGUCGCCAAUAGCCCGCAGAUUAUUCACAUCACCGGUUAUUCCUCUUUAUCCUUAUUAAUAGUUGGGACAGUGCUGUCAUAUCUUAUAUCUGUUCCGGUAUUUUUGGUGAUAGAGAUGCCCUUCAUCCAGCUUUGGAAAGCUGUGAUGGGUCUCGAUGGUCCCAAGAAGAAUGCACAGACACAAGAAACACAGAAUAAGAUUGAUCUCGUGAUGAACAGUAGUAGGAGAAGUGCACAGAAUGUUGUUUGA